CUAUGGAUGCUCAUCCUCCCUAUUCUCCCUCUUCAAUCAUAUCCCACUUGCCACACCACUUUGAACAUUACAUUAAUACCAAAUCUUAAAACUUGUGAAGUGUAAACAAUUCAUCCAUAAACAAUAACCAUGGCAACUCCAACAUCAACCUCACUCUUGAAAAUGGAGAAUAUACCUAACAAAGGUAGAGGCCUUAUUGCAACACAAGAUCUCAAAGCUGGCCAAAUAAUCCUCACUGAAUCUCCACUCCUUCUUUACUCUGCUUCACCUCUCUUUACUCCUGCACCCUCCCCUUACUGUCACCAUUGCUUCAGAACCUUAAACCCUUCACAAACAUUUUCAUGUCCUUCUUGCUCAAACUACAAUUUUUGCAGCCAAAAAUGUCUCUCUAUUGCACUCAAUUCCUCUCACUCUCCUUGGACAUGUCAAACACUCUCUCAUCUUCAAAAUCCCACUUCACCAUUAUUAGAAAAACCCUUUGAAGUUCAAGUUCAAGCUCGUUUCAUUGUAGCUGCUUAUAAUAUUGCUAUUCACACCCCUUCAAUUAUUCAAACUAUACUUUCUCUUCAUGGUGAUCCUAAUGAUCAUGAUUCUAUAGUUGAUAAUGCUAAGUUUCUUCAUUCUCUUAUCUCACCUUUUUGUCCACCAAACAUGAAUUUUUCAGCUGAAUUAGCUGCAAAACUUAUUGCUAAAGAAAGAUUAAACUCUUUUUGCUUAAUGGAACCUUAUUCACCAAAGGGUCCUCAAAGAUCUAUUAAAGCUUAUGUAAUUUACCAUAAAGCUACUUUUUUUAAUCAUGAUUGUAUUCCUAAUGCAUGCAGGUUUGAUUAUGUGGAAAAUGGUGAACCUGGUGAUGAACAUAAUACUGAUAUUGUUAUUAGGUUGAUUAAGGAUGUUGAUGUUGGAAGUGAGAUUUGUAUAAGCUAUUUUAGGAUUAAUAAGGAUUAUUUAACAAGGAAAAGGAUUUUGAUGGAGGAUUAUGGUUUUAGUUGUGCAUGUGAUAGGUGUAAGAUUGAAGCAAAUUGGAAUGAUGGAGAAAAUAACAGUGAUCUGCCACAUGUGAUUUUCUUGUCCAAGUUUGUUUGUGAUAAGGAGAAUUGUGCUGGCACUUUGGCUCCUCUGCCUCCAAAAGAUGGUGAAAAAUCUAAUGUUCUUGAAUGUAACUUUUGUGGUAAUUUGAAAGUUGACUCUAGUCCUUAAUCAAUUAUUUGAGUUUAUCUACUUUCAUAAACACGUGUCUUAUGACGGAUCCGAAUCCUUUUGUGUUGAUCUUCUCCUGUUGUCUGUCAUGUACUAAUUACAAUCAUUAAAUAUGCGUUGAUGUUUCUUUCUCCA